GCCAUGGUGCGGGUGGCUGUAGCUGCGCGGCUCCUGCGCCUGCAAUGGCAGAAAGGCCCUCACCUGCGCCCCGCGGGGAUUGGGGCGGGCAGCGCCCCCAGGAGGUUUGCCGCGGGCGCCUCGGCAGCGACACCCUCCCGGCGCCUCGACCUGCGGGGCAUCUACCCGCCCCUUGCCACCCCGUUCACCUCGCAGGGAGAGGUGGAUUACAGCCGGCUGGAGGAGAACCUGCGCCUCUACACCGGGAUUCCCUUCCGAGGUUUUUUGGUGCAGGGUUCCAAUGGGGAAUUUCCCUACCUGACUCAACAAGAACGCCUGGAAGUGGUGAGACGGGUGCGCCAAGCUAUGCCCAAGGAUAAGCUCCUGCUGGCUGGGACCGGAUGUGAAUCAACUCGGGGCACCAUCGAGAUGACAGCACAAAUGGCUGAUAAGGGCGCAGAUGCUGCUCUUGUGGUGACGCCUUGCUACUUCCGGGGAAGCAUGACCAGUGCAGCCUUAAUUCAUCAUUACAAACAGGUAGCUGAAGCAUCUCCAAUCCCUGUGAUACUCUACAGCGUCCCAGCCAAUACGAAUCUGGAGCUGCCCACCGAUGUGGUGCUCAGCCUAGCACAGCACCCCAACAUUGUGGGGAUCAAGGACAGUGGUGGCAAUAUCACCCGCCUCGGACUGCUCGUCCACAGGACCCAGCAUGAGGACUUCCAGGUACUGGGAGGAUCAGCUGGUUUUCUGCUGGCCAGUUACAUUGUAGGUGCUGCUGGAGCGAUUUGUGCCCUUGCCAAUGUGCUUGGCUCUCCAGUCUGUCAGAUUGAGCAACUGUGCUGUGCUGGAAGCUGGGAUGAGGCCCGUGCACUGCAACACCGACUCAUUGAGCCGAACAUUGCGGUAACAAGCAAGUUUGGAGUCCCAGGCCUCAAACAGGCCAUGGAAUGGUUUGGUUUUAAUGGGGGCUUCUGUCGCUCCCCCUUGCUCCCGCUAAGUGAGGCACAAGUGAGGGAGCUGCGCCAGGAUCUCAGCUCCAACGGAUGGCUCUGAAAGACAAAGCUGUUGCAGGCAAUGGUUGGAACCUUGAAAUGGGCAGCAGGCAUAUUGCCUUCCAGUUAAUCCUCGAAUUUCAUAUCCUGCAGCUUACUAAAAUACAGCUUAUUCAACUACACUGUUCAUUGGCAUGUUUGAAAACCAAAGUAUUAUUACAAGUGAAACAGCAUAAUGAAGAUGCCAGAAAGGUUUUCAAAUGGGCAAGUAAGCACUUUUCAUUGCAGUAGCUCUGAAUUCCUUUUCCCAUAGAGGUUCUAACCCUUCCUGCUUGGAAUCUCCAAAUUUGUCCUUAGCUGGAGUACUUCUCUAUUGUACCUGUACAAGGGUUGCUGACCAUUUGGGAACCAUUUAACAUUUGAGUGCCCGAGGCACUAUCCUUUCAGGUUGACUUCCUUUCCCCUGCUCCCCCAGCUGACAAAGAGAAAGAAAGCAGACCCCAUGUUCUUUGCUUUUCCAAGGGGGGUCUGGAUAACAGCUGGAGCCAGCAAAAUUAAAACUACCAUGGUCUGCCAAUGGACAGAGUUGCAGUCCAACAAUAUCUGGAAGGAAAAAAUGUCUCAUCCUCCUGCUCCCCAUCAUUACAAUCUCAAAGGAGUCUGCUGCAUGACUACAUGGCCUACUUCCAUAAGUCAGUAGGUGUCAACCAACUGCAAAUUCACAAGGUGUGUAAGAAUGGAAGAUGGUGGAGCCAUAUUUGUUUGAUCCAUAGAUUCAUGGUACUGGCUGGUGUUAGCUCACCAACUAGGAAGCACCUUUUAACAGGGAAGAUGCUUUAUUUGCAAGAUACUGCUUCCUGGGGUUGAGUCUCUUGCCCUCAGUGACAAAGAUAGCAUGGGGUGGAAUUAAUCUUUAGAAAAGUAUGUUCUCCAGGUAAAAAUGCUUUGCCCCAUCUACUAUCUCAGUAAUGGUACACUCUGCUUGCAAAGGGGAAAUAGAGUGACUGAAUAGAUGGUGAAACCAGCAGAAUUUCAGGCCAGAGCUGUGUGUUGAGACAAAGGAGGGAAGCAUGGAAUGUCUGCACAAAACAAAAGCAGCAUACAGAUCUGAGUGUGCCUGCUGCUGUACUCCCUGCAUAAAGAUGAUUAGAAAGGCUAUUACAGCAUGCACACAACCCACCCUUGCUGAUAUGUUACAUUCUUCCAAUGGGAGGAAAAAGACAUGGAGGCAGAGAUUCAGCAACUCUUUAUUUGGCCAAGGCCCUUACAUGGGCAGAGACACGAAAGGCACGAGGGUGGCAUUGACACGCAGACAUUCAGUGUGGAGGUGGGCUGGUAACAAGAGGCUCCAGCGUGGCACUUAGGGAAACACACCAUGCAGGUCAAUGCUUGGCUAAGAACACCCCCCAGUCUCGAAACAAUCCCAUUUUUUACUUUCAGUGCACAGAAACACAAAGUGCUGGGUAGAAACUAAGUUGCUCUUCAAAGGCCACUCAGUCCCAACUCAACCCCCCAGCCCAUCAUUUCACAGGCUGAUAUCCCACAGCUAGCUUUCCCCUUCUGCUAGCCCAGCCCUAUAAUUCCAUUCAGCCUGCGAGGACCCUACCAGGAGCUGUUUCUUUCUUCUACGAUUUCAUUGCCCCAGUGUAGCAUGCAAAUGUAUUAGGGAUGCCCUGCACACUCUCUAGUUUUUGAAGGCUCUAGUGCUUGCUUGCUUGCUUACUUACUUCCCCUACCAAAAUGCUCCUGAAGAGCUACACAGCAUUACCAGAUCUCAGUGCAACCACCUCUUUGGACCUAGUGGACAAAAUGGGGAUGGACACCACUUCUUUUGGGUAUUUACAGGGCUGUGUGUAUGCCAUUUCUCUGUGACUGCAUUCAACAGUAUUGGACACAGCAGUCAGCAUCAUGAGACUCGGUUGUAUUUUUAUUUUAAAGCAAAUUUCUAGCCAUUAAGGCAGCAAAAGAUAGGCUUAAAAGCAUUCAGGCAAUGCCUGAUAAAAUCUCAGAAGCUGGAAGAGAGAAUUAGGGGAAGCACAAGUGUUCAAGAGAUAUGGCAUUUGUGCUCUCCAAAGCACUUUUGCCUUUUCCUAUUACUAGCAAAAGCAUAAAUCAUGCAAAAUAAAUAAUUAUAUGCCAAUUGUUUCCGUGUAAUUUAUACAUGUUGCAGAAUUCAGCUUUUCUUUGUACAGAAUUGUCAUUUUUGAAGGGCAGAAUACACGCAGCCCUGUGUCUAUGGCACUAUGGUGCAUGGAUGCCAUGCAACAGCUCUGGAAGAUCUCUCCCUCUGGGUCAAGGAGCACAGGCCUUAUAUAAGGGAGAAGAGCUGACUUUCACCCAAGAGGCAAUCCAAAUACUCACAGUGAGAAUGGCCCAAAUGAACUGGAUAAAGCAUCAGAAGGCAGUGGCAGAAAGCAGUGGCAGUGUGUCCCAGAUAAACUCUAGAGCCUAAAGGAUGGCAGGCAUUGCAGCUCAGGUCUCCUUCUUAGGGCUGAUGUACAACAUCGGGGAAAGGCACAUUCAGAAGGUCUAGAAUUCUGCAGUAUAUAAAUUUUCCAUUUUUGCAAUAAAAAUAAAUAAAUAAAAGGAACAAAGAACCCCAUGGAAGCGACAUGGAAGAGAGAGAACCAGAGGUUUAGGGCCAUUGAGGGCGACAGGAAGCUGUGCUAAAUGCAAGUUCCAACUUCUCCCUUGAACACUGAAGACCAACCCAUCUAAUCUCAUGAACUCUCAGCUGCACUAGUCUCAAGCUAAGAAAAAGGUAAAAUGAUGUCUAUGCAUUAGUGAGUCACUCCUUGUGCCUCUAAGGUGGUGGUGGGAGCAGUAACACACACACACACACACACACACACA